GGUUCAGUGCGUUGCCUGUUGAUAGCAAGUGUGCAGUGUGUCGCCAAGGUGACAAGGAGUGUGUUUUUUUGGAACUGUUGAACAAUCGUCGAAAAGGACAUUCUGGUUUGAAAGCGGAAGCGAAGAAAUUGUGUAAAAAUGAAGUAUAGCAUAGUUUUCGUGGCAGCUUUGUUUGGAGCCGCCAUGGCCCAGGAGAGCUUCAAAUGCCCGGACGAUUUCGGCUUCUACCCACAUCACACAUCCUGCGACAAAUAUUGGAAAUGUGACAAUAACGUGGCUGAGCUGAAAACCUGCGGAAACGGUCUGGCCUUCGAUGCGACAGAUUCCAAAUAUCUGACAGAGAACUGUGAUUACCUGCACAACGUGGAUUGUGGUGACCGUACACAGCUAGAACCACCAAUCACCACCCCACACUGCGAGCGUCUGUACGGUAUCUUCGCCGAUCCAGCCAAGUGCGACGUGUUCUGGAACUGCUGGAAUGGUGAAGCUUCCCGCUACCAGUGCUCCCCCGGUUUAGCAUACGACCGCGAAGCUCGCGUCUGUAUGUGGGCCGAUCAAGUACCAGAGUGCAAAAACGAAGAGGUGGCUAACGGAUUCGCCUGCCCGGCCGCUGGCGAAAUCUCCAACGCUGGUUCGUUCUCGAGACAUGCCCACCCAGAGGAUUGCCGAAAAUACUACAUCUGUCUGGAGGGAGUCGCCCGUGAGUACGGAUGCCCAAUCGGAACCGUGUUCAAAAUCGGAGAUGCCGACGGUACUGGAAACUGUGAAGAUCCAGAAGAUGUUCCCGGAUGUGAAGAUUACUACGGUGAUUUGGACUUGAAAAGCAUCCGUAAGAGUGAACUCCUCGCCGGUCUAGUCCAGUCAGGCUCUGGUGCCCAGGCACCAACGAAAAUUGUUAAAUCAAACCGUCCAGUCGCAAAGGAUAACUAAAUCAAACUAGUAACACAGAAAACAAACCAGAAUCCAAACAAACAAACAAAAGAAAAUAAAAAACUAAACAUUCGUGAAUGCACUUCUAGAAGACCUAGAGACCUAGACGCUAGGGACCGCAGCGGAGCUAGUUUCUAAGAAGUAGUGUUUUCAUUCUGGAAGAUCCUCCGAUGAACAUCCUGACCGCCGGAGGAUAAGAGACUGUUAUUAAAGUAAAGAUUUUAGAUAAGUGAUAGUCAGCGAGGAAUACUCAAAUUUGCUAAAAAAAAAUUCUACUGAAAAAAAAAGCUACGACGUAUCUAAGCAGCCAUUUUAAAACAGUUUGUCGAUUUUAACUCUCCUAGGAAAUUGAAGCUUUGCUAGCUCAGUGAACACAGAUUUUAAUUAUUUAUUUUCGUUCCUCUUAGUUAAGAUGACGCAAUUGCACCAACCUUUCUACAAUAGCCUAGAACAACACUUUGUACUGCACGUCCCCCACAACAGGCCACUACUACUCUUGUAUUGUAUGAUUACACCGACUGGGGAAUAUUCCCUCGAGCAAAUCAAGUUUUCAACUUUUCUAUAGAAAAGAGAUUUCAUUUGUAUGUAAAAAUUGGAAAAAUUUAAAACCUUAUG